UUUCACAACAAAAAGGUUUUUGUUUAGUUUUACAGAAACGCAAUUUUCCAUUUCAAUCAAAUAAAUAAGUUUACCACGAAAUGGGAGCUGUUUUGGGCCUUUGCUCAGCCGCUCAGUGCGCUAUGUGCUGCGGCGGCACUGCAGCUAGUAUGUGCUGUUCGGCCUGUCCCAGUUGCACCAAUGCUUCCUCAUCCCGGUUUAUGUACGCCUUCAUCCUAUUGGUGGGCACUGUCCUCGGGGCCAUUGCCCUUUCUCCCGGGCUGCAGGACACUCUGAAGAAGCUGCCCUUUUGCAUCAAUUCGACUUCCUCGUACAGCUCCAAGGCCAUCGAUACUUUCUCGGGAGGAUCCCUUCAAGUGGACUGCGAAUAUGCGCUUGGUUACAUGGCCGUGUAUAGGAUCUGCUUUGGAAUGGCUUGCUUCUUCGCCCUGAUGUCUGUAAUUAUGCUGGGAGUGAAGAGUUCCCGGGAUCCGCGCUCACACAUUCAGAACAACUUUUGGCCUCUGAAGUUCCUGAUCUGCUUUGGGGCAGCCAUUGGUGCUAUCUUUAUUCCGGACGGAUCCUUUGGGCCGGCCAUGAUGUGGGUAGGCUUGAUAGGCGGCCUGGCCUUUAUUCUUGUCCAGUUGGUAAUCAUUGUGGAUUUUGCACACUCGCUGGCGGAGAAUUGGAUAGAGAGCGCAGAAAACAGUCGUGGUUAUUACUAUGCCUUGGCAGGGGUCACUCUUUUGGGCUAUAUCUUAUCGCUGACCGGGAUUACGCUGCUGUACAUCUACUUUACCACUAGCACUGGCUGCGGCAUCAACAAGUUCUUCAUUUCCAUCAACCUCAUACUCUGCCUGGUGAUCAGCGUAAUCUCCAUUUUGCCCGCUGUUCAGGAGCGUUUGCCACAUUCCGGCUUGCUGCAGAGCUCCUUGGUUACCCUGUACACGAUCUAUCUGACCUGGUCCGCUGUGGCCAAUAAUCCGGAGAAGGAAUGCAAUCCUGGCAUGUUUGGACUGAUGGAUGGCAUUGGCAAUGCAACCACAACUGUGGCUCCGCCUUCACACAACUCCAAGGUUACAUUUGACACCACCAACAUCAUCGGCCUGGUUGUCUGGCUUUUGUGCAUCCUCUACAAUUGCAUCAGUUCGGCGGUGGAGGUGUCGAAGAUCACCCAUGACAACAGCGAGAAGCGUGUUUUAACAGAAGCUCUAUCAGACACAGAGGCGGGUGGCAAGGAGGCCGAUGGAAAGCCAAGCACCGACACCGAAACCGAGGGCGUCACCUAUUCCUGGUCCCUAUUCCAUGUGGUCUUUGUCUGUGCUUCGCUCUACGUGAUGAUGACACUGACCAAUUGGUACAAACCCAACUCGGACAUUGAGCUCUUUAACGGCAACGAGGCUUCCAUGUGGGUCAAGAUCAUCUCCAGCUGGCUGGGCGUCUUUAUCUACGGCUGGAGUUUGGCCGCUCCCAUUAUACUCACCAAUCGCGACUUCAGUUAAGCGACCUUAUUAGUGUAUUAUUAAUAAUUAAUUAAUCUAGGAGUGGUGCUUAAGCGAGAAAAAUGCCAAAAAAUGGAGCGACGAGAAAUUAGUUUCUGAAACUGACGGAGAAUUAAUCAUACAUAAUUUUGAUUCUUAGUGUGGUGUCUCUACUCAUUGAUCUUAUUCUCAAAUUUGCAACAGUUAUCAA